UCCACAGGUGUUAUUUCGGUGUUGACUUUCGAGGGCACCACACCGCCCCCCCUUGCCCGCGUCCCGGCGAGUUCCAGCGUGGCCGUGAAAAAGAGUUCCACGAGCGCCUUCCGUUGCGGGAGGAGGCAAGCUCCGCGGUGGUAGCAAGGGAAGGCGGGGGAGGGGAACCGCCGCCACUACUACUAGCACCACCACCGCGGUGGAGACACCGUGCUCGACGGGAUGUCGGCCGUGAAGGCUCUCCAGCAGUGGUGCCGGGUCCAGUGUGACGGCUACCGGGAUGUGACGGUCAGUAACAUGACUACGUCGUUCCGGGACGGCUUGGCUUUCUGUGCCAUCAUCCACAAACAUAGACCGGAUCUCAUCAAUUUUGACUCCUUGAAGAAAGAAAAUGUGUAUGAGAACAACAACCUGGCCUUUAAGGUCGCCGAGGAGCAGCUCGGAAUUCCCGCACUCUUGGAUGCUGAGGACAUGGUGGCGCUCAAAGUCCCAGACCGCCUGAGUAUCCUCACAUAUGUCUCGCAGUACUACAACUACUUCCACGGACGCUCCCCAAUUGGUGGCGCGGCGGCAGUAAAGCGUCCUGCCGACCCACCCUCUGACGGGCCGUCCGGAAAGAAGAAUGCGCCGGUGGUCUCGAAAGUGUUCCCUUCGUUCAAGCCGUCUAAGGAGAACAAUCCUCCCACUUCAUCUAACGUUACACCGCCUCUUCCCUGCCCGAGACAACCCAGAACCUCUACACAGGAUGUUUCAGCUGAGAAAUCCCAGCAGACGGGAACUCUGAAUAACAAGUGUAUGUCCUGCAAUAAGCACGUUCACCUGGUGCAGCGACAGCUAGUGGACGGGAAGCUCUACCACAGGAACUGUGCAAAGUUACUGGCUCCUCAAAACACAAGUUCACUCUUCAGAGAUGCUCCAUCCAGCGUCCCUCCUACAGCAGGCCUCUCCAUAAGCAACACAGUGACACGCACGGCGCCGCCCAGACUGGGCCCCACAGGGCCGGUCCAGAAACCAAGCCCCACUUCCAGCAUUUCCAGCAGAUCUUCAUCUCCGCGUCGGCCAGCUUCAAACGUCACCACACCUGCUACGGAGAUUCUAACUGCUCCCGUCUCCAAAGGACCCGUGUCCAAUGACUCCAUCACUAUACCCGCCGGCGUCACCACCAAGCCUGUUGCUGCGCCUCGGACCUCCACCACGGCGGCCAAAACCAUCCAGUCCAAGCUUAAGUUCUUUCAGGCAGAAAGCGACGAUAACAAACCUGCAAUCAAGACUACAGAUGCCUCCCUAAAAGGGUUUAAGUCUCCUGAUCCUAUCAAGGAAGCCCAAGGAGGUCAAUCUGUGCCUGGAAAUAUUCAGAAUGUGGGUGAAAAUCAGCCUAAAUUGCACAUUGACAAAGACAAAGCAGGUGGAAAGAAACAUGAAGACAGUCAGGGUAGUAAUGUUGGAAAUGGAAAUAUUGCUAACGUGGAUAAAAUUCAGAUGAACGAACUUUUUGACAAAGUCAAAGCAGGUACAAAGAAUCAUGGACACAGUCAGGGUAGUAACGUUGGAAAUGGAAAUGUUAGUAACGUCGAUAAAAGUCUGUCAAAGGAGCGUUUUGACGAAGGCAAAGCAGGUGCAAAGAAAGAUGGCGACACUAAGGGUAGUAGUGUUGGAAAUGGAAAUGUUGCUAACCUGGGUAAAAGCCAGUGGAAGGAGCGUUUUGAUGAAGCCAAAGGAGGUGGAAAGAAACAUGAAGACAGUCAGGGUAGUAAUGUUGGAAAUGGAAAUAUUGCUAACGUGGAUAAAAUUCAGAUGAACGAACUUUUUGACAAAGUCAAAGCAGGUACGAAGAAUCAUGGACACAGUCAGGGUAGUAACGUUGAAAAUGGAAAUGUUAGUAACGUCGGUAAAAGUCUGUCAAAGGGGCGUUUUGACGAAGGCAAAGCAGGUGCAAAGAAAGAUGGCGACACUAAGGGUAGUAGUGUUGGAAAUGGAAAUGUUGCUAACCUGGGUAAAAGCCAGUGGAAGGAGCAUUUUGAUGAAGGCAAAGCAGGUGGAAAGAAACAUGGAGACAGUCAGGGAAGUCAUGUUGGAAAUGGAAAUAUGGCUAACGUGGAUAAAAUUCAGUUGAAGGAACUUUUUGACAAAGUCAAAGCAGGUGCAAAGAAAGAUGGAGACAGUCAGGGUAGUAUUGUUGGAAAUGUGGGUAAAAGUCGUUCGAAGGAGCGUUUUGAUAAAGGCAAAGCAGGUGCAAAGAAAGAUGCCGAAAGUCAGGGUAGCAAUGUUGGAAGUGAAAAUGUUGCUAACAUUGGUAAAGGUCAGUCAAAGGAGCGUUUUGACAAAGCCAAAGCAGAUGCAAAGAAAAACAAAGUCAGUGAGGGCAAUAAGGCGAAAGCGGCGGACACCUCAAAGGAGGACAACAACAACAGUAAGCCAACGCCAAAGUCAGACCCGCCCAAGAAAAGUGACGCCACAUCUCAGGUCCAGACUGUGAAGAAGGAGACGGAGGGUGGUAGGGGGAGGGUAAGGCUCAAAGUCAACCCCUUCAUCCUCUCCGACUUGCAGCCUCCACAUUCGGACAAGAGUCCGCUUAGAACCAGAACUCCAGAAAGAGGCCCUGGGGGCUUGAAACCUGCGCCACCCAACACUUCAGAGAAGGAGACGCCCACAGACUGGAGGUCCAUGCUCAAACCUGUCUCCAAAGAAUCAAAAUCUGCUGACUCAUCACAGUCCUCCACUAAAGUACAGACUAACAACAUCGGAGGCUCACAGUUACCAGAGGUGUCGCUAAGGCCUGUGAACCCUCCUUCAGUUCAAGGUGUCCGUAAUGGCCAAAGUAACCCCACAAACACAACAACAUCAGGAUCAAAAAUCUUGAAGACAAAGCCAGACUUCAUUCCUCAAGAGAUGAUCCUGAAGGAGCUGAAUGAGAUUGACGAUAAUCUGAACCGGUUGGAGAAGAGAGGGGUUGCGCUGGAGACCAAGCUGCGCCACAGCGAAGAUGAGGGCGAGGAUGACUCCCUCAUGGACGAGCUGAUGGUGGAGUGGUUCAGCUUGAUCAGGAACAAGCAGCUGGCCAUGCGGCGGGAGUCCGAGCUCGUCUACAUUGGUAAAACCCAGGACCUGGAGGAGCAGCAGCCCAGUGUCGAGCAGGAGCUCCGAAAGCUGAUAGACAAACCAGAACAUCUGAAAACGUCGUUUGAACGCAGAAGAGAAGAAGAGCUGAUGAGCAAACUGAUGGAGAUCGUCAACAACCGCAAUGCCAUCGUAGAAGUUCUGGACGAAGACCGGCUCAGAGAGGAAGAGGAGGACCAGGAGCUGAACAAGUUGAUGGAGAAUUUCAGUGUAAAAAAAGACAAGUCAAAGAAAAAGUCUUCCAUAUCCAAACUGUUCACCUGGGGCAGCAAGAAGGAGGCGUGACGCCCGGCGGGGAAAACACCUUUGCUGCACUCCUACGAUGCUUUCGGUAUCACUCCACUCGAUCACUGACUCACUGAACCACUUGAUAUGCGUGUGCGUGUACAGUAUGUUGGUCAGGCAUCUUUCAUCUUAAGUAUUUCUUGAAAUAUUCCCAGCAUGAGGGGUUAAUGACAUACGCGUUUUGACGGCUUCGGUGCUUCAGUUGUACAUUUUUAAUCCGCUUCCAGUCUUAAUCGGUCUACUUAAUGCGCACACAUACACACACACGCACACUAGUAACUCCACUGCGUCUCUUGCUGCUGACAUGCUUGUUGUAAACUAAUAUGAGCGAUGAACAACAUUGGUAUUGCCGGUUCUUGCACUCAGAUGGCUUACGAGCUCAAUUUAAAAAAUUUUACCCCCUGACUUUGACAUUUUUUAUUUUUUUUUAUUUUCUCCCCCCCACCCCACUUUGUUAAAAACCUCUGCUUAGUCUGAUGAGAUAUGGACUAGCUGUUGUGAUCCAUAUUGGAUCUGAAUUCAUUUAAAAUGCGUGCUCUGGUGCAUUUUUGUUUGUUUGUGUUGACCGCCUGCUAAGACACAAUUAAACGUAUUUAUUGUAUGUUUACUUGUUUCGCAGUAAUGGGAAUAUUAAUACUAAGAUGGAACUUAAAAGAUGUUUUUAUCAUUAUAUGGUGAAACUGGCCUGUAUAUAUACUAUGCUUUGAUUUGUAUUAAAAUAAUAUUUUUGAUU